CAACCCCCAAACACUAAGUAAACAGUUCCUUUGAUACCCACGAUUAGAUUGAUUUAUGUUGUGCCAUGUGGUCGUAUUACUAGUUCGCACACGAAACUAAAGCGAGUAUACGAAGAUUUAGGUAGCGUUUGGCAGAGCUUUCAAAGCUGAUUCCGGUAGGAGCUCUAUCAAACAGUUCUUCAGAGAGAAGUUAUUCUUCGCUGAUUAUGUGAAGUGAUUCUCUGAAAUGAACUAAGAUGCUGGGAGCUGAAAAAAAGUAGCUUCUCCUAAUUCUGUGAAGUGAUUCCCCAUCCUGAUUUUAAGAGUUUAUGUUAGAGAAUUAAAGAAAAUCACUUUCGGCCACAUAAUCGCUUCUCUCAAAGAAUCAGCUCCUAUAAAGAAUCAGUUUCAGAUGGAACUCUACCAAAUAGAUACUUAUAUUGGACAUUUUUGUUCUCUCAAAGAAUCAGCUCCUAUAAAGAAUCAGUUUUAGAUGGAACUCUACCAAAUAGAUACUUAUAUUGGACAUUUUUGCUUAUAAUAAAGGGCAUGACCGUGUGAUCUUCUAAAAAAUUAUUAAGGCCAGUUUCAAUGGGGAGUUUCAGGACAAUUUCAUGUCAUUAAAUUCAAUGGCAAGGUAAUUAAUAGAGAGAGUUUCAUAAGAGAUGAGUUUCAUCCCAAUGACACUCAUCUGGUACAGUUAACUAGUUCUCAAUCUAGGUAACUGUGUAAUGAAAUUAUGCACUGAGACUGGCCUAAGGUUCUGUGUAGUAAAUAGAACAAGGUCUGUGUAGUAAAUAGAACAAAGCCAUAGGAGUUUUAAUUUAAUAAUUUUUAAUAAGGAAUUUAAGAACUUUUUUAGAAACAGAAGAAAAGGAGGCUCAGUCCGUUGGCCGUUGUCUCGACUCUCGACGCCUCUUUUCCGUUCCCCUCCUCGAUCGAACACCGCGGCGCAAGCGCUUCCACGAUCUACCCGCCAUGGCCGCGCGCGUCCACGUGUCCCUCCCGCCUCUCCUCCUCCUCCUCCUCGUCCUCGCCGCCGCGCUCCCCGCCGGCGCCCUCCGCUUCGACCUGCACUCGGGGCACACCAAGUGCAUCUCCGACGACAUGAAGGUCGGCACCAUGGCCGUCGGCAAGUACCACAUCGUGGCCCCCGACGACGGCACCUCUUCCCUGUCGUCGUCGUCGUCGCAGCAGCAGCAUCAGCAGCUCCCGGACUCGCACCGCAUCUCGCUGCGGGUCACCUCGCCCUACGGCAACAGCCUGCACUACGCCGAGAACGUCCACUCGGGCAACUUCGCCUUCACGGCCUCCGAGGCCGGCGACUACCUCGCCUGCUUCUGGGCGCCCGACCACCGCCCGCCCGUCACCGUCGCGUUCGAGUUCGACUGGCGCAGCGGCGUGUCCGCCAGGGACUGGAGCGCCGUCGCCAAGAAGGGGCAGGUUGAAAUGAUGGAGCUAGAGCUCAGGAAACUGGAGGAUACCAUCAAAUCCAUCCAUGAAGAAAUGUUUUACCUUCGUGAACGGGAAGAAGAAAUGCAGGAAUUGAAUCGGAGAACGAACUCAAGAAUGGCUUGGCUCGGUUUCCUUUCACUCGCCAUCUGCCUAUCAGUGGCAGGGUUGCAGUUGUGGCAUCUGAAGAAUUUCUUCGAGAGAAAGAAGCUUCUAUGAUUUCAUUCUUUUUAUAACCUCGUAGCAUUUAGGCACAUGUUUUGUGUUAACCUCCCUACUAUUUUUAGAGGCCAAAAAAUUUCCUCAAGAGGAACAAAGAUGCUAGUACAGCUGAGAAAUACUGCCUUCUAUUUUCCUAGGCCAAAUGAAAUAGAUGUAAAGUUCAAUGCAGACGUCAGGUUUUGUUUUUCUUUUCUUUUCUUUUACUUUUUUGUUCGUGAACAAUGUUUCUCCCUCAUAAUAAGUUAUUUUUUGGGCUUC